AUGGUUCUCCACGAGGGCAAGGUGGCAGAAAUGGCAACCGGAGAGGGAAAAACGCUGGUGGCUAUCCUCCCGGCCUUCCUCAAUGCCCUCGCAGGUGGGGGCGUGCAUGUGGUGACCACCAACGACUACCUGGCGCGGCGCGAUGCUGCCUGGGCCGGGCGGCCUCUGAGAUUCUUGGGCCUCACAGUGGGCGUGGUGCAGUCAGAGAUGUCCUCCGCGGAGAAGCGGGAGGCCUACGGCUGCGACGUGACCUAUGUGACGAACCAGCAGCUGGGCUUCGACUACUUGCGGGAUCAGAUGGCCAAGUUGCCUUCUGAACUCAGGCUGCGGGAAACAGAGCCUUUUGGCUGCGCGAUUGUCGAUGAGGCAGACUCUGUCCUGAUUGACGAGGGCCGGACACCACUUGUUGUGUCAGCACAAGCGGAGGUUCCCUCGGAGAAGUACACAACUGCCUUGCAGAUUGCCGCUACUCUGGAAAGGGAUGUCGACUACACGGUGCUGGAAAAAGAGAAGACCUGUAUACUUACAGAGCGGGGAGAGCUCAAGACCAGCGAUCAGUUGAAGAAGGAAGACCUCUUUGAUCCCCAGGACCCAUGGGCACCUUUCAUCGUGAACUCGCUGACUGCCAAGGAACUGUACCUGCGGGAGCGUCAGUACAUUGUCCGUGAUGGCAAGGUGGUGGUGGUGGACGAGUUCACGGGCCGCCCGGUGGAGGGCCGCAGCUGGAGCGACGGAUUGCAGCAGGCGAUCGAAGCCAAGGAGGGCGUUGAGAUCCAGCAGGAGGCAAUCGUGCUGGCAUCGAUUUCUUAUCAGUGCCUCUUCCGCUUGUACAAGAAGCUGUCAGGAAUGACUGGCACUGCAUCGACUGAAGCAGAAGAGUUUAACAGCAUCUACGGCUUGGAGGUGAACCCUAUCCCUUGCAACAAACCUUGCAAGCGCAUCGACGAGGAGGACCAGGUCUACACGACAGAGGCUGGCAAGUGGCGAGCUGUCACUGAGGCCAUUUGCAAGGCUCAUGGCUCCCAGCGCCCGGUGCUGGUGGGUACUACAAGCGUAGAGAAGCUCGGCUGA